AUCCAUACUUUACAUAUCAAUAAUGACUUAUAAUCUAAAUUUAAUUAGGUGUAAAGUAUAGUCCACGAACUAGUUAGUAUGCAGGUGUUCAGCUAACGGUUUUUUUUUUGUCUCAUAAUUUGGUGAAAUUUCCACGUGGUACUUAAAAUUCUUUUUUAAACAGGAUAUAAUUCACUGUGUAUUUGGGAAAUUGUUCAUUUUUUAAUUCACAACUGUAGAAAUACGACAUAAUUCAUUUCAAUCAUCGCAGAAGGUAUAGUGGGUUGUACUUUGGGACGGUAUUAAUCAACUAGAAUUGUUUUUAACUUGACGUAGACUGUUUGAUUGACAGCGGAAAUUUACACCGGUAAUCGAUUGGAAAUGUAAAAGGUAGAACAUUACAUUUCAAAAGAGACAAAAAUGAGUGGAAGUUGUGAUUUUUCUUGUUGAUAUUUCUCUGUUAAUAUCGGUAUUGAUUUCUUGAACGUCAAACACUAACGUUCCAUUUUAGUUGAGUUCAAAGAGAGGAUACCUGUAUUUCGCACCUGUAAACAUAAUAAUUUGGAGAUAAAAAUGGUUACAAACAUUUCCUUUCUGAUUUUAGUUGUAUUUUCGAUGUACAGUGAAGUAUGGACUUCAGACCUCCCUUCGAACUGCCGAAAAUGUAAAGCAGGAUUUUAUGUAAAACAGAUAUGUAAUGAGGAUCAUGAUACAGUAUGUUCACCGUGUGUAUCCGGACAUUUUAUGUCUCAAAAUGACAAUUUAAAUACAGUAUGUACUGUGUGUUCCGUAUGUUCGCCUGGAACAUAUCCAGAUGCUCUAUGUUCCACCAUCAGUGACACAAAGUGUCAGUCAUGUGACAUAGAGGCAGAUACUGAAAGUUUUAAGACAUCUUGUUUAAAGGUUCCCCUGUCAAAUUUAAAUUUAAAUGGGGACGGUAUUAAGUUGGAUAACAUAGAAGAAACCGGGUCUGGUUCUGACGAUUCUUUUGUGGUUUUGCCUCAAAAUGUAAGUGUCAUAAACGGUGAAUUGAUUGCUCCCGAAAAUGAAACGGAAGGGAGUGGUGAGGUUAUUUUAGAUAUUCCUACAUCGAAUCAAAUAGUUCUUGAAGGAAAACCCCCACCACCUCACAAUGUAUCAGAUGAGGAUUUGAUACCAGUUUCGGUCAACCCAACAACGAUUUCAAAAUCAACAACAGAAAAAGCACCAACAUUCAAAAAUGCAACUGAACCUUCCACUACAACUACAGUUAAACCUACAACAAAUGUACCAGUUAUAACAAGUACUACACUGAAACCAACAACAGAAAAAGAAAAAGAAUUAGAUUUUGGUGUUGGUCUUCAGAUAACAGAAGAUAAAGGAGAUGAAACGAAUAAAGAAGAUAAUGAAGAAAAUGUUUACGUUCCUGUCCAACUUGACCAACCAACAACAAAUCCAAAAGACAAAACUCCGUCGAGGUCUGCUAUAUCGGAGAGAAAAUCAGCUAUGACUGAUGACAGUGAUAAAGUGUCCAUUGGAAUUGUAAUUGCAGUAGCCAUCAUAGCCGCAAUUGUUUUCUUUGUUAUUGGAUUUAUUGCCAGUAAAUACUGCAGGAGAAGACGGCAGUCUAUGAAAAUGAUGACCAAAGCACAAAAUAAUGGUGGUCCCCAUAACGGAAGUAUCCCUAUCAUGGUAGACGCAACUAAUACAUACAGGUCAAACGGUAUCUAUGACGAAAUUGGAAAAGAGGCAAACGGAACAUGUAGCAGUGAGAGACUUGAUGUAAUAACACCACACGCAGUGGAUAAUGUGUAUGCUAUACCAGACAAGAGAAGGAAACAAGUGCAGCAAGAUAUUAAAUAUAUUGAUGAAACAACGGAUGACGAAAGCAAAGAAGGUGAUAAGUUAUUAGGAACCAACGAAACAGAAGAUGACAAAGAGGACGUCACGACACCAAAUAAAAAUGACGACAUUUCCGUUUCCGGUACACCAGCCAUAACAACCAAUGAAACUAGUCCUAUGCUGAGUGAAAUACAAUUGGAGAUCGAAAAUAAUAUAGAACCACCAAAGGAAACAGAUGCCCUUGUGGAAAAUUCUUGAAAAUUGGAUCAUUGACUUUUUUGUUUUUAUUUCACGCAACGGACACUAAACAACUGUACUUUGCUUUAGUUAAAAAUAAAAUAAGCUAGAUGACAAUUUAAACAAUAAGUGCUUUAUAGCCUCAAAGGCAUUUUCACAUAUGUGCAAUAUUUAUUAUUUCAUAUGACAAAAAACAAAUCAAAUGUGUGAUAGAUCCUUGGUCAUGACAAAACGUGUGUAUAUAUUGACUGUUUCACCAGAGAGAGAGAAAAUCUUGAAAAAAGUUUUUAAGUUGUUCUAAUCAGUAUUUUGCUUUUAUUUUGAUAUAGGCGUUUUCGUAAUAAGAACUAUUUUUUGCGGUGUGUUAUACUUGUUUGAUUGUAAAUUAUAAUACAUGACUUGUGUAAGAGUAAUCCUGUUCAUUUGAUGUCAAAUUAGAUUUAUUUAAUGUUUUUUUUAUUUAUUCAAGUGCUUUUAAUGAAAUAAUGUUUCUGGUCAUAAUGAUAGAUGAUAUAUAAUUAGAGAGUUUUUUUUCUACAGGAAAUUUAGAUAAAACAGAAUUGUAUAUUUAGAUAAUACAUAAUAAAAUUGGGUGUUGGAUGUUAUAAAACCGGAUAUUUGCAUGAAAUAUACAUCACUAUAUGUAUAUAAAGAUAAUAUAAAUCGUUUAAAUAGCGUAAAUAACAAGAAAUUAUUAUUUUGCUUGAAUGAAAUUCAAAGAAAAAGAUUUGGAGAGAGAGAGAGAGAGAGAGAGGGAGAGAAACUGAAAGAACGGGCAUAAUCGAAUAGGAAUGCAAAAUGAUUGAUUGAUUAAGUUUUGGUGUAUAUCGCCACUUUCAACACUAUAAUUAUUGGCUGUAGCAUGUUGGUCAGUUAUUAUUGGUUGAGCAAGUCGGAGAGAACAACCGACCUUCUUCAGGAAUACUGGCAAUCCUAGUCAAUCAAGAUUGGAGCCGAACGCACCUGCUAAGUGCGGGGUUUAAACUGACAGUCUGGUGCCUCGAAUUCAAAAUCAGAAAUACAAGCAAUCUAUGCAAUUGAAAGGGUUAACUUUUCUGAAUGAUAUAGCAAGUCGGAGAGAACAACCGACCUUCUUCAGGAAUACUGGCAAUCCUAGUCAAUCAAGAUUGGAGCCGAACGCACCUGCUAAGUGCGGGGUUUAAACUGACAGUCUGGUGCCUCGAAUUCAAAAUCAGAAAUACAAGCAAUCUAUGCAAUUGAAAGGGUUAACUUUUCUGAAUGAUAUAAAUAGUUACUAAUAGAUGUUUUGUUUAUAUUUUUCUUCUUUAAUAUAAUUCAUUAUAUUUGCAGUAAGAAUUUUUUUUCUUUCGUUUUUUCGAAUGUUUGCAUUGUAUAUGUAGCAUUGUUUUUCAUUGUUUCAGUCUCAUGUUGAUGAAAGUGUUUUGUUUUGGAAGUUGAAUAAUGAAUACAUGAUUUCAAAUUGAUUUGCAUUUUGCUAUGUAAGCUGUUAUAAUUUUAUCUGAAUAAUUCAUUAAGCGGUUCAUAUUUAUAUAAAAAAAAUCUUCACAGUUUUCAAGUGAAGAAUAUGGCAACUAAUAUUGUUAAGUACUAAAGAAAGUCCAUGCCCACUAGUUUUUAUUUAUACUUUCUUCAUAAAUAGUUUUUCACAGUAUCUCUAAAUUCGUUAGUAUAAUAUAUUGUCGUUUUCCGUCCAAAUAGUCAUUAAUGGAUGAAAACUUUGUGAAUUGUAUUAUAAUUGAUAAAUGUUACGUGUAUAUACACAUCUGUACAAAUUUCAUGUAUAACGUGUUUAGUGAGUACACUGUACGGAGGGUCGAAAGGGAGAGAUAUAUACAGGGAAAAAAUUAAUUUAGACUUGAUUUGUGCUACAUUACUAUGGUAUAAACUUGGUUUUUUAUGUAGUUUGAUUGAUGUCCGUUUAAAGUAUACCAACAUCAUCUUUCAUUUUGGGAAACAUGAUGAAUACAACUGCAUUUCAGCGCUAAAACACGUGAAAUAAAAACUGUCGUACUCAUUGCAUGAAACCCUCUAUACAGUAUACUCGAAUCAUCAAAUGUCUCGACCGAAUUUAUUUUUUAUUUUGUUCAUGUACUAGGAUUUGCUUAUUUUUAUGACUUAAUAAUGUUUAAAUGAUAUGAAUGUUCUGAACAGUAUUUUUAUGUGUUCUUUUUAUUUUUAAGGUGCAAAUGAUGUAUGUAAAUAAAAUGUAAAUAAAAGUGCUAAUUAUUUA